UCCUUAACAUGAGGAGGCUGGCAGGAAAGUUACUAGGAAGGCGAUGAUUUAAGGGUUUGGUUGGUGGCUAAAAAAAAAUUCCACAGUAUAAGACCGAUCUUCAACCUGCAUAUUAUAUAAAGAAAUAAAGGAAGCAAAUUUCGUCGGUCAUCUUCUUUUGUCAUAGUCAAUUAAAGAAAGGAAAAGCCAAGGUUGUCGUCUGUGUCAGAAGUUAAUCACUUCAUCUCCGUCUUUCAAAUGGGUUCAACUGAAAAGGAGGUAUCCAUGGAGGUGUUUCCUUACCUAAGGGUACUCAAAGAUGGAAAUAUCGAGAGAAUCGCAGGAACCGAAACCGUUCCUGCAGGUCUCGAUUCACAAACCUCUGUUUUAUCAAAAGACGUGGUCAUCGUCCCAGAAACCGGAGUUUCCGCCCGGCUUUACCUCCCUCCCUCCGCCAUAACCAACCAAAAGCUUCCUCUCGUUGUAUAUUUCCAUGGUGGGGCAUUUUGUAUCGCAACAACAUCUGAACCCAAGUACCAUGCCUCUCUCAACAAUCUAGUAGCCGAGGCAAACGUGGUUGUCGUCUCCGUCAAUUAUCGAUUAGCACCAGAGCAUCCUCUGCCGGCGGCGUAUGACGACUCAUGGGCUGCACUUCAGUGGGUGGCUUCCCACAACAAGGGACGUACUGGUCCGGACGACUGGCUCAAUAACUACGUCGAUUUCGAUCGAGUGUUUUUGGCGGGUGACAGUGCCGGCGCAAACAUCGCACACCACAUGGGUUUUCGAGCGAAAGAGUGGAAAGCCGGUGAAGGGUUAAAAUUCGCGGGGAUGGGGAUGAUCCACCCUUAUUUCUGGGGAACAGAGCCGAUUGGUAUGGAGAUAAAAGACAGAUUUAGAAAAGAAAUGGUAGAUGGGUGGUGGGAAUUUGUUUGCCCGUCUGAAAAGGGAUGUGAUGAUCCGUUGAUUAACCCGUUUGUGGAUGGAGCUCCGAGUUUGAAAGGAUUGGAGUGUGAAGAGGUGUUGGUGAUCGUUGCAGGGGAAGAUAUACUGAGGGAGAGAGGAAGAGUUUACUACGAGGAGUUGAAGAAGAGCGGAUGGGAAGGGAGAGCAGAGAUGGUAGAGACGGGUGGGAAAGAUCACGUGUUUCAUAUUUUUGAUCCCAACUGCGAUGAAGCCAAGGCCUUAAUCAAACGUCUGGCUUUAUUCGUUAAUCAAAUUAAGCAUGUCUGAAAAUGGAUUCAUGUAUCUUGUUUGGCAAAAUGCUUUAUGUACUAGACAUGUGUGUCUGUGUUUUCUUACUCCUUUUGUUUCUUCAAAGUAUGUGAAAGAGCACCUAAAUAUAUUUGAACUAAAAUUAUAUGCACAUAUGUGUGUAGAGACUUUUCGAAAUCAUCAAUAUAUCUAUAAUUUUCAGAA